AACCAGGCAAGCUACCCCGGAUUUCAUCCCCCGACAUCGUUCAUCGUUGGGUCGCAUGAAGUUUGGGGUCCCCGGAUCCUUUGCUGGAUAUAAGAGUUGACGAUCCCAACGCAUUGCUUCAAUUGCCUCCAUUUCCCCUUGUCAACUUUCUUUAAUCAUCAAGGCCGCAAAUUGUUAACGGAGCUCGGCCUGACCUUGACGGGGUGCCUUGUUCACCAAUAGACAUCAUGGGGCUUCUCACUCUAAAGGAAGAUCGGCCGACGCCCAAGGCCGUCUAUAACUGGAGAGUCUACUGUAGUGCUGCUGUCGCAUCGUUCGCGUCAUGCAUGAUUGGUUACGACUCUGCCUUCAUCGGCACAACUCUGGCCUUGCCGGGCUUCAUCGAGGAGUUCCGAUUCGAUGAGCUCGAAUCCGAGGAGAAGAAUUUGAUCUCAGCCAACAUCGUCUCUCUUUACCAAGCCGGUGCUUUCUUCGGUUCUUUCUUCGCCUAUGUCUCUACGCAUUAUCUCGGUCGUCGCAAGUCGCUGUUUGUCGCUUCUGCUGUUUUUAUCUUGGGGGCUGGUCUGAUGCUGGGAGCCAAUGGCCAGAGAGGUCUGGGACUCAUCUACGGUGGUCGUGUCCUCGCUGGUAUCGGUGUUGGUGCUUGCUCCAUGAUCGUGCCCAUUUAUAUCUCUGAACUCUCACCCCCUGCCAUUCGAGGACGUCUCGUCGGUCUUUACGAAUUGGGCUGGCAGGCUGGUGGUCUGGUUGGUUUCUGGAUCAACUAUGGUAUCAACUUACACAUCCCUCCUAGUCACAUGCAGUGGUUGAUUCCGUUUGCUGUGCAAUUGAUACCGGGUGGUCUUCUUUUCCUCGGUGCUAUCUGGAUCAAAGAGUCGCCUAGAUGGCUCAUUGCUAAUGGCCACCGAGACAAGGGCAUUAACAACCUCUGCUGGAUCCGCAACCUCCCCACCGAUGAGAUCUACAUCAUCGAGGAGAUUGGCUCCAUUGAUGAGGAAGUAGAGAGAUACCGACGCGAAGUCGGUGCUGGAUUCUGGAAGCCCUUCAUCGCCCUCAAGAAGCCCAAGGUUCAGUGGCGCUUCUUCCUUGGCAGUAUGUUGUUUCUCUGGCAGAACGGCUCCGGCAUUAACGCCAUCAACUACUACUCGCCAACGGUCUUCAAGAGCUUGGGCAUCACCGGAACCAACACAGGUUUCCUCACAACUGGUCUCUUUGGUGUCGUCAAGACCGUUCUCACAAUUAUCUGGCUGCUGUGGCUAAUAGACCACCUGGGACGACGAAACCUCUUGAUCAUCGGUGCUGCAGGUGGCUCUAUUUGCAUGUGGAUCAUCGGUGCCUAUAUCAAGAUCGCUAAACCAGAGGACAAUAUGACGAGUACCCCUCCCCCCGCCGGUAUCGCUGCCAUUUUCUUCUUCUACCUGUGGACAGCCUUCUACACGCCUUCCUGGAAUGGAACUCCGUGGGUACUCAACUCAGAGAUGUUCGACGUGAAUACAAGAUCGUUGGGCCAGGCAUCCGCAGCUGCCAGUAAUUGGCUUUACAACUUUUUGAUCUCACGAUUCACGCCCCAGCUCUUCACUGCGCUAGGAUAUGGUGUUUACUUCUUCUUCGCCUCCCUCAUGAUUCUUUCCAUAAUCUUCGUGUUUUUCCUUGUGCCUGAGACUAAGGGUGUGCCUCUUGAGGCUAUGGAUCGGCUCUUCGAGACCAAGCCCGUCUGGCGAGCCCAUAGCAAGAUUAUGGACGCUUUGCGUGAGGAAGAACAGGAGUGGAGACACAACAUUGAUGGUGCCGAUCUUGGUCACGACGCUAAGUUGAAUGCUACCAUUGAACAGCGUGAGAAGGUCUAAACUGGAUUUGUUGAUAUAUCAUUUUGUCUAAAGGAAAAAUAGGUUAAUAAUAAUAUGGUAUGAUCUGAUAAGCUCG